AUCAGGGCACAGUCUCCGAAUAACAUUUGGCGGAGGAUAAUUACUUUGUCCUCACAGCCAACUUCUUUCUCAUCUUCAUUUUUGUAGUCAGUGGCUCCUCCUCAAAAAAUGUCUGGAGGAGAUGCAAACAAAGGUAGGAGAAUCGCCAUAAUUGGUGUUUCUACCUUGUUAUUGGUGGCUAUGGUUGUUGCUGUUACCGUUGGUGCAAAUCGCAAUCAAAAUGGUUAUGAUGAUGAUAUUGAAGACAACCAAAGGAACCAUAUUGCUUCAACAAUGAAAGCAGUUCAAACCAUCUGCCAUCCCACUGAAUACAAGAAGGAAUGUGAGGAAACCCUUGUGGCUGAAGCACAGGCUGACAAUGUCACGGAUCCAAAAGAGCUUAUUAAAAUAGCAUUCAAUGUUACUAUGAGAAGAAUUAGUGAAAAAAUUAAGGAAACCGAUCUCAUGCACGAGGUUGAGAAAGAUCCUAGAUCCAAGGAUGCACUUGAUACAUGCAAGCAACUUAUGGAUCUUUCUAUCGGAGAAUUCACAAGGUCACUUGAUGGUUUUAGCCAGUUUGAUCUUCAAGAUAUGGACAAAAUCCUCAUGAAUUUGAAGGUUUGGCUUAAUGGUGCUGUCACAUACAUGGAUACAUGUGUGGAUGGAUUUGAUAACACUACUACCGAAGCUGGUGCAAAGAUGAAAGAGUUGUUGACAUCAAGCAUGCACAUGGGUAGCAAUGCUCUUGCCAUUAUUUCAGAUUUUGCUGACACUCUUGCCGAUUGGAACGCCACUAAGGUUUUUGGACGUCGUCUCCUUCAUGAUUCUGAGACUCCUUCUUGGGUUGAUCAUCGCCAACUCAUUGAUACUAAGACAAAUACAUUCAGACACAAGCCUAAUGUUACCGUUGCUUUAGAUGGUACCGGUGACUUUAAGACCAUCAAUGAGGCAUUGGCUAAGGUUCCUGAGAAGACCAAAAAACCAUUCAUCAUCUACAUUAAGGAAGGUGUUUAUUCAGAGUAUGUUGAGGUUACCAAGCGUAUGACACACGUUGUGUUUGUUGGUGAUGGUGGCAAAAAGUCUGUUAUCACUGGCAACAAAAACUUUAUCGAUGGUGUUAACACCUACAGAACCGCCUCUGUUGCUAUUCAAGGAGAUCACUUUACAGCCAUUAACAUGGGUUUUGAGAACUCAGCUGGGCCACAUAAACAUCAAGCAGUGGCACUAAGGGUUCAAGGAGAUAAGAGCAUCUUCUUCAAUUGCUCAAUGGAUGGUUACCAAGACACACUUUAUGUACACACCAUGCGUCAAUUCUAUCGUGAUUGCACCAUUUCAGGUACCAUUGACUUUGUGUUUGGCAAUGCACUAGCAGUCUUCCAAAACUGCAAAUUUGUUGUGAGAAAGCCAAUGUCAAACCAACAAUGCAUUGUGACCGCACAAGGAAGGAAGGAAAGAUUCCAACCAUCAGCAAUAGUGAUCCAAGGAGGUUCCAUUGUCUCUGAUCCUGAGUUCUACCCAGUGAGAUUUGACAACAAGGCCUACCUCGCCCGCCCAUGGAAGAACUUUUCUAGGACUAUCAUCAUGGACGCUUUCAUCGAUGAUUUGAUUCAUCCUGAUGGUUAUUUGCCAUGGCAAACAAUUGAGGGUCCUUCCGGCAUGGACACUUGCUUCUAUGCUGAAUAUCAUAACUUUGGCCCUGGUUCUGACAAGACAAAGCGUGUACAUUGGGCUGGUAUUUGGAACCUCAAUGCAAAGGCUGCACAUUGGUUUGCACCAUCCAAGUUCUUCCAUGGUGGUGACUGGAUUGAAGCAACUGGAAUUCCUUUCUUUUCUACCAUUCCUGAUCACCAUAGACACAAAAAGACAAUGCUUAAAUGGUGAUCUUGACUCUGUGUUUCUCCCAAGAGUACUUAUAAAUAAUCACUAAUUCAUUCUUUUGUUGAUCCAUUGUGUCAUUUUGAUACCAUUCUUUAAUUAAAAUAUAAUUGGCUCACAUUUUCUCAAGAGAUGCAUAGCUUUGCAUUUGAUGUAAGUUAAUGCCUCUUUUUUGUGGUUUUAUUGUUUAGGAGUGGUCGCUGGUCUGUUUUGUACAAAUAAAAGAAUUAUUCAAAUUCUUUUGCAACUUAUGUCAUGUGCCAUUUUGCAA